CUUUCUGGAUGGGGUCGAGGUAGAGGCUUUCUGGAUAUAUUUUUUUCUGGGAUGGCGGUGCUGAGGGUCCCCAGGAGAGUGGCCCUGCCUGGCGCCCUCCUUCUCCUCCUCCUUUUCCUCCUGGCUGGCCAGGAUGAGGCCAAGAAGCAGCAGCAGCAGAAGCAGGAUGGAGGGGCCGCCUGCUAUGGGGGGUUCGACCUCUACUUCGUGCUCGACAAAUCGGGAAGCGUCCUGCACCACUGGAGCGAAAUCUACUACUUUGUGGAGCAUCUGGCGCACAAGUUUAUAAGCCCACAGCUGAGGAUGUCCUUCAUAGUUUUCUCAACCAGAGGCUCGACUCUCAUGAGACUCACUGAAGACAGGGAGCAGAUCCGCCAGGGGUUAGAGGAGCUGCAGAAGGUCCUUCCCGGAGGAGACACUUACAUGCACGAAGGGUUUGAACGGGCAAGUGAACAAAUUUACCAUGAAAAUGUCCAAGGUUACAGGACAGCCAGCGUCAUCAUUGCACUGACUGAUGGAGAAUUGCACGAGGACCUUUUUUUCUACGCCGAACGAGAGGCCAACCGAUCCAGGGAACUGGGAGCAACGGUUUACUGCGUCGGAGUGAAAGAUUUCAAUGAAACGCAGCUGGCCCGGAUCGCCGACAGCAAGGACCACGUUUUCCCCGUCAAUGACGGCUUCGAAGCUCUCCAGGGCAUCAUCGACUCCAUCCUGAAGAAAUCUUGCAUUGAGAUUCUGGCUGCAGAACCAUCUCGAAUCUGCGCAGGAGAAUCGUUCCAGGUUGUUGUGACCGGAAACGGGUUCCGUCAUGCGCGGAACGUGGACCGCGUCCUUUGCAGCUUCCGCAUCAAUGAGACGGUCACCCUCAAUGAGAAGCCCUUUGUGGUUGAAGACACUUACCUGCUUUGUCCGGCUCCUGUCUUACGAGAAGUUGGCAUGGAAGCAGCGCUGCAGGUCAGCAUGAACGAUGGGCUGAGUUUCAUCUCCAGUUCUGUCAUCAUCUCCAGCACCCACUGCUCGGAUGGGACGAUCCUGGCCUUGGUGCUGCUGAUCCUCUUCCUGCUUCUGGCCUUGGCACUCCUCUGGUGGUUCUGGCCCCUCUGCUGCACUGUGAUCAUCAAGGAGCCACCUCCACCUCCCAUGGAAGACAGUGAGGAGGAAGAUGAUGACGGUCUUCCCAAGAAGAAAUGGCCGACCGUCGAUGCCUCGUAUUAUGGCGGACGUGGCGUCGGCGGCAUCAAGCGCAUGGAGGUGCGCUGGGGCGAGCGGGGCUCGACGGAGGAGGGGGCCAAGCUGGAGAAGGCCAAGAAUGCCCGGGUCAAGAUGCCGGAGCAGGAGUUCGAGUUCCCGGAGCCCCGGAGCCUGGGGGGAGGCAUGCGCAGGCCCUCCUCCCCGCACAAGUGGUACUCCCCCAUCAAGGGAAAAUUAGAUGCUUUGUGGGUUUUGCUGAGAAAAGGCUACGACCGGGUCUCUGUGAUGCGGCCGCAACCAGGAGACAAGGGCCGCUGCAUUACCUUCACGCGGGUGAAGAGUGGGGGUCUGCCCCCCAAGUACCCUCUGAACAACGCGGUCCCACCCCCGGCCCCCGUCUACUGCCCGCCCUGCCCCCAGGCCAACCCCUGCCCGCCCUCCCCACUGCCGCCCCUGCCACCCCCACCUCAUGUCCCUCCCCCCAGCCGGGCCCCUCCCCCUUCCCGGCCCCCACCACGCCCCUCUGUCUAGACCCCCCAGGCCCUGCCCACUCCACCCCUCCCUCUCCCUCUCCCUCCUUCUCUCUCUCUUUCUCAGAAGCCUCUCCCCAUACACUUUUCAUGCCCAAAGGGUGAGCUGAAACCAAAAGGCAAUCUCUCCAUUCAUUCAUAAGAAGGAAGGAAGAUGAUCGGGAUGUUUUCUGUUCACACUGAGAAUAGACCCUUGCUUCUGGAUCUGGUCCGCUGCAAUGCCCAGGCCAAAGAAAGACACCUUUCCGUUUGUUGCUGAGAAAGAAGAUGGUGCCAUGUCCAGGAAUGCAUUGCAAGGAGCAACCUCGCCGCUUCUGGGGGACCGUUUCUGUUGGAACCGUCUCCAAAUUAGGGAAGUUGCAUGGCUUCCAAGCAUCGUUGCUUUCCUAUUGCUUUUCUGAAUUGGAUCCACUGCAAUGUCCAGCUCAAGGAAAGACACCUUUCCAUUCCAAAGGAAGAUGGUGGUAUUGCAAGGAGCAACCUCACUGCUUCGGGGGGACCGUUUGUGUUGCAACCCUCUCCAAAUUGGGGAAAGAGCAUGGCUUCCAAGCAUCGUUGCUUUUCUAUUUGCACAGAGAAUGGGUCCUUGCUGUUCUGGAUCACUGGAAAGGGCAAAUCAAAGAAAUGUCUCCAUUGAGGAAGGAAGGAAGACAGGCCAUGGCAGCCAGCAUCGCAGCGACUUGCCCUGCAAGCCUUUUGCUGCAGCCAAAUGGAGCAAGGGAGCAUUGCUUCCUUUUUGCACAGAUAAUGGAUCCUUGCUUCUGGAUUUGGCCAACUGGAACAGUCACGUUGAUUCGUCAGCGGAAUAGGAAUCGUUCUAUUCCUCUCCAAGAAGGAAGGAAGACAAUGCCACUCAUUGUUUUCCAUUCAUCACAAAGAAAGCAAGCAGCGGCGUCCAGCAAUGGUUGGAGAGGAAGAACCUCACAUCUCUUGCUUCUUCCUCCACUGAAAUGUUCGGUGCAAUUGUUGCCAAAUUUGGGGAAGGAGCACUGCUUCCUAUUCGCACCUUUCUUGGAUGGAUGCUGCGCCAAAGCCAUGCACUUGGAGACCUUGGGAGCGCCGUUUCCAUGCACCAUCACAUUGUUUUGAGUCUUGGAUUUGUGCAUUUCGACAAAGAAGGGAGCAGGAGAUAGAAUAAACUAGGUUUGCGAUGGAUUGACAGGAGGAAGUGGAUGCUGGAAAGCCUCUUUAGGAAGGAAGCGGCUUGGAAAUGGGAAUGCCAGACUCCCAUCAUUUUCCCAAAGGACGAGAGGAGAGUUGCAAGAUGGCGAAGUGUGUUCGCAUGUUUGGAGAGAGGGAACGAAUUGUUCUCCUGUGCUAUGGCACAAGAGAUACGGUGCUUGGUUGUAUUGUAUCACGCCCAAAGCGGAGUCUUUUCACAGUGCCUUUCAUUUUGGGACAAGCUCAAAAGUUUGCAUUUGCCACCUUUAAAGCACCUAAAGAGAGAAGGGGUGCCUCCAAGGAAUUUCACAGUGUAUUCUAAUGCACUUGAAAUAGACUGAAUAAUACAUUUUCUUUUCUCCAUGGGGGAAAAAAUAAUUUUGGGAGACUCACUUGGAUAGCAGGGAUUUGCAAACAACGCUCACAUUUGCAAGCAUUUGCGUAGAGUUUGUCAUUGGAUGUGUAGGAGCCAAACUGGGCUUGCAAAGGGAGGAAGGUUUGCCACGAAUGAAGCUUUAGUCCUUCCUGGUUCAUACAAGAUGAUUCUAGUCUCGGUUUAGAGAUGGUGUUUGGGGGGAAUUUGGGGAGAAAGAAGGAAGAAUAGAAGCAGAAAGUAAUGGAGAGACUGUGCCAUGUUGGAGUCAUGUCUCCAACAGCCUCUGUUCCCAUUUCAUUGGAAAUAUAAAGGGUAAAUAAGAAAUGGUUGGGAAAGUUGUGAGGAAGGAGAGGGAUGUAGUUGCAAAUUAGAGUGAUAUAUUGAGUUUCCUGUUUGGGAAAUGGCAUGGAUGAGAGUCUCCCUUCUGAUGCGCAUCCAAUGUUUGCUUCCUUUUCCUACAAAACUGCUCCUGAACCAUAGAGAGCUCUAAAAAUCUGCCUUUGUGUCCCUGCCACAAACCAGUUGAAAGGACUGGGAAAGACCUGCUGGCAGAGUAAACAGACCAGCAUCAACCUGGUCUGGAUCCAUGCCUUUGUAUUGCAUUUUCCUGGUGCAAAUGGAAGCAAGGGUGUUGUUGGGCAGGGAACCUUUGCAGCUGCUUUCUGGACCCAGAGUACAAGAAAUGCACUGGUUGCAUUUUGUUCCUGCUUUUUCCCUUCCUUCCUUUGUGGGACUUUCCUUUUUCCAGCCCUGCAUUGUAUGCACAUCGUAAACUUAGUAAAACAACUCAGGCAGGACCAGACUUAGAAAUGUUUAGAAGUAGGCACAAAAAGGACCGAAUCCUUCAAAAGCAAGCUUUCUCCUGCUGGUUGUUUGCAACCAAACUGUGGUUUUUGCAAAAGCCUUUUUUACACCACUUUAGUGGCUUAAGUCCUGUUGUUUUAAGUGUCUGUUGGCAUGAAUGUUUCCCCCAAAGAGGCUUGGGAAGAUGCGUAGGUGUGUGAGGGAAGAAAUAGCGCUGCAAUGAUCCGUUUCCAAAAAUGGUUUUCCUGGUGGUUGGGAAAGGAA